GCAUGAUUGAAGACGCGAAUAUCGUCUGUUGAGAAGUAGUUUGCAUUGAACCAUCUUGAUGAAGCAUUGGCGGGAGAAUAUGCUCUCACACGGUACACCAUCGGGCGGGCUUUGACGCAGAAGAUUCGUUUCUAUUCUCGUUCGAAACGCAUAAACAGCAGCAUCUCGCAGUGUUCCGUGCGGCUUUUGGUUCUUCAUUACGCGGAAAACCGUAGCGCGCGACUGGUUAAAAUCGUUUUUUUUACGUGAAGGUUUCUCUCACACGCCGUCGGUUGCGAGUUUGAAGUGGAGAAGAUUAUCAAUUUAAUUAGUUUGUUAACAUUGUCCGUGCUUGGGUUGUGUGAUAUUUCGCCGAAGGAAAAACAUUGUGGUGUGUUGAUCAGAAAUUACUCUUGGAGAGGAAUUAAACUUUACCAGUGCAUUUACCGGUUAGUCAAGCCAAGAGUUGCAAACAUGCAGCCAGAAGAGUACGAGAACACUGGUUGGUUGUCUUAUUUCAGCCGACAUAAGACUACUUACACAGCCGCCGAUAUUCAUAAAAUAAGCAAUGAGUUGAACAAUGUUCGAAAGAAUUUGACAGCCACACAAUACGCGUACGGUGAACUCAGCAGUGAACUUAAAGCAUUGAGGAGUCUCCAAGAGCACCGAGCGAGCGAGGAAUACGAACGGUCCAACUGUAAGUCAAGCACAUCCAAAACCGCUGAAAAAAGACUCGCCCAACAAGCGGAGGAAAUCAAAAUCCUCAGAAAUGAAUUAACAGGCUGUAAAAAUGAGCUAUUAAAACAAAUCAAUGCGUUGAAAGUAAACGUGAGCGAAACGGCCAAAAAGAAGCUGAAAACAGGCCAACUUCCAACGGGGGCUUCGUUGAGUAUCGAAAGUAGAAUUAUCGCGUUAGAAGCACAGCUGGAGCAGCUUAUCGGGGAAAAUCGAAACAGGAUAAACUGUCUUGAGGAUCGAUUUAAUCUACUGGAACAACAGCACGAGCGGGAGUGUGGCCACAACCUGAAAAAGUUGGAGCUCUCAACGAAUCGUAAGUUUCAGGAGUUGACAAAUCUCGUCCUAGAGCUACAGCGUAAAAUGGAUGGCAGCGAAACGAAGCUGGACGAGCAGAUCAGAAAUCAGUCUAUGAAUCAGGAUGCAAUUUAUGAGGAGCUGGAUCAACGUAUGGAUGUGUUUUCGUCGAAACUUCGUGAACUGCACGCACGGAUAGCGCACAUUGGCCAUAGAGACGAUAUCGGAUCAACUUUUGUUUAGGAUUAAGUUUAAACGAAUUCAUGAAUGGUUGGAGUUUAUAAUUCUGAUCAUUAUAAUGACCGUGACACUGUCACUUCUUAAUGCAGUUCAAGCGGGUGACUUAGAAAGUUAUACAGCCGCAACUACGCAUCACGAUCUUCAUCACGACCUCAAUCACGAUCUCUCGCAUGAUCUUCAUCACGACCU